AUGCAGAAGGGCCAGUCGAGAGAAGCACGUGACCGGUUCGCUGAAACCAUCUACGACUUUAUCCGCGGCGUCAAGACAUCUCAGGCUACAUGGGCGCAAGGGAUGUCUACUCUCGAGGAAUAUACAGCGCGCCGUUUGAGAACGGUUGGUACAAACCCGUGCAUUGCUGUCAUGCAAUGGGCCUACAACCUCACUCUUCCACCGUCGAUCUGGAACCACGAAGCUGUAGUAGCCAUAACGCGCGAAGUAGCCAUCUCCGACUUCCUCUGGAACGACAUUGUGAGCUUGCGGAAGGAGAUAGACGACGGCGAUAUCGAUUCUGCCAUCCCGGUGAUGGUAUGGAACGAGGGAUGUAGUGCGCAGGUUGCCGUCGAUCGAUGUGUGAAGAUGGUGGAGGAGAGCUGGGCGAGGCUGUUGGAGGCAGAGACCCGACUUGUGAAGGCGCAUGCUCAAGAGUCUGAGCAAACCAGGCGCGAUAUCGAGACGUUGGUUGGCGGGUGUAAGGACGUAUUGGUUGGACAUAUGGUUUACUCGUGA